UCAGUCUGUAUCGAGCUGUGGCAGAGCGUGGAAUGAAGUAUAACAGUAGAAAUUGAAAGGUAUUCAAAUUAAAGCUUUGACAGUCAAGUGCAUCGAGAAGUGGGUGAAGACGAGUCGCUGGAGUCAUGUAAUCCCCAUUACUAACCUUGCUAAAUCAUUUUAUGUUUGUCGAAUUAAUUUUGCUUCAAAAUUUACUUGCGUCUCCGGUAAUUUUUAUUGGUUACAUGAACAUGACUUACUGAAGUAUGUGUCAAUUUGUUGCAACGUUAGCGUACCGAUGACGUCAAAUAAGCAGGUUUGGGACAUAAACGAAAGUGAUUUUACUGUGCUGUUAUGACGUUGGUUUCGGUGGGAUUCUGGUAUGUGGCGUAAGUGAAAUAGAACAGAUUACAUGCCUUGAAGUGCGGCUCACUAAUAAUUUAUUCUGGUUAACAGUUCAUUCUGCGAAUCUGUUCCAAGCAAUGGCCCUGUCAAUGAUAUGAGCAUAUAGAUGUAUGCUUUAGAUGCAACAAGAAUGCCCCUCGGAAAUGGAUCAUUUUGUGGACUGCAUAUGGCACUUGAGUGUCCCAAGAGAUGCUACAGGUGUGAAUUGAUGUUUUCUGUUCUGUACACUCUUUGCAGCUCUACCAGUUGAUUCGUUUGUAAACAAAAUGUCAUCAGUGAAUGCUGCCUUGUAACUGAUUUCAAUGUGUGAUGAGAACUGCCUUUUCGUGUUCGUGUGUGUGGCAAAUAUAGGGCGGAGAAGAAAUAUGGCGACAUUGGUUAUUAUUAUUUUAAGGGUGUGUUCCAUUCCACUUCAGAGUGAUCAAGGGGUGAUAAACUAAAAUUCACCUGAAAUGUUUUGCCUGAAAGUUUGAGAAAGAUCUCAUGCAGGAUGGAGGCCAUCAACCAGACGACGUCUAUCCUGCGCGAUUCAGUGACCGACGUGGGUCAUGGCGGAGGCAAUGGCUCUGCAUCUGCCCAGCCGACCAUCAGCUCGCGUGAGCAGACGAGGCUCGACUUCUACCGCACAUACGACGUGAUGACGGGUGUCCGGAUCGCUGCUACCCUGGGAGGAUUCUUCAGUCUGAUGGUGCUGCUCGUUGUAUACAAGAGCAAGUGCAAGUCGAAGACGCUCAGCGACGAGCACCUGAAUGCUGCAGCGGCUGCAGUCGCCAUUCAGGAUGAGGAACAGCAACUGACAGCAACCGCAAUGUGCUUGCGUGGCCCUCGCCGUUCACUCGGCAACAUGAGCGCGCCAGCUGUAGUUAUAGCGCGUGGUGCACGGCGCUACUCUUCCAUUGGGGGAUACUCGACACUAGAACCACCCUCUUCAUACUACUAUCAGCGAGGCAAGAGUCUUCCCGGUUCUGCUAUCAGGUUCCAUGUGAGGAGUAAUGAGGACAGGGCUAUGUCUCCGGUGCCUUCCUUCACGAUAAGAGACCGAACACGUGACAAUGUUGGUGAGGAAGAAGAGGAUUCCGUAUUAGCUGGUCCAUGCUGCUAUCAUCAGUUCCUUACGGUUCCAUCGGGCCCUGACACGCGUAGACUCAGUUCAAUUACAUGUUCAAGCUCGGAUACGUCCUACCUAGAGCGACGAGGAUCCGCAGUGGAGUUGGGAAUCCCCGCUCCUCCUCCGUUUCCUUAUAAAUCUCGUGCGAAAGGCCGCAUUGACCCAAAUGCUAUCAUGGCUAAGGAACCAUGGGAUUUUUAUUACCCCAUAGACAUUCAGGUGAUUCAGCCAACACCAGAAGUUUCGCCAUGCGGAAGUGAAAGAACUUUAUAUGACCAUCCGGUGGAGUUAUCAUCACCAGGACUCAGGCCUCCACCUCGGGGUUCCAUAGUGGAAUCAGUGACAUCUAAUCUGAAUGUUCCUGUGAGAUUAGCUCCUCUUGCAUCUAUUAGUAGUGUUGGUGGUUCCCUUACAGAUUAUCCUGACCUAGAUGAUAUGCAUUCCAUGGGCUCGGAUUCAGUGUUCCUAGAUGAGGGGCAAGAAUUGGACACAGAAGAUGAAGUUGAGGGUUUCUCAACUGAUAGUGAAGAUGAUGGUUUUGAUAAUGAUAAUGUCCUGUGCAGACAAAGACGUCCCUGGGAAAAAAUUGAGGUUAAUAGAUAUCCUGUGUGCUCCUCUGAAUCACCUACUGUCCCUUAUGCACAGUCCUCAUCACCUUGUCAGAAGUCAUUCACAUCUAUGUGUCAUUGGGGUGCAGCAGGUAGCAAUGGAUUCCGCCCUAGACGACGCCUCUCCACACCAAGAUGUCAUUACCUCCAUAGCUGCAAGAACAAAUCAUCUUGUGCAACAAUCAGUGCUGAAGUAGCUGAGACAGUUUCCCAUGGUAACAGACCAGAACUUCUCACCUCUAGCAGGUCAUGUGAAAUCCAAACGUCUUCGAGUGAUAUAUCUCGGAGGCCACAAUAUCCACUUCCAGUUCCAGAAACCAGUAGUUCCUCUAGCAGUGAUAGCCUAACUCUGCUAACUGAUUCACAUGCCUCUUCACUGAGACUCCCAGUGACCCAAAUGAGGCCUGAAAAACAACAACCAUCUCAACAGCAGCCUACAUCAUCUCCUUGCCGAGGUGCAAAAUCUUGCGAGAGUCUGACAACUGCGUCCGUUCCUUCUUCCUCCUCAAAAAUGCUAGGCCUCCCUUCUUUGCCUCUGCUGAGCCAUAGUUCAUGUGAACACCUCAUCAAAGCUCUCAAUGAGAAAACUUCAAUACCAGCAAUGAAAAACUGCUCCUGGUCCCAAGAGACAUUAUUUUAGCUGUUGCAUAAUGUGCCAUAUUCAGUCUUGACAGGGUCACUUUUCAGUAUAUUUUUCCAAGAAUGUAGAAAAUGGUUUCUAUGAAGCUGAAGAACACGAGUAGCUAUAGUGUUUAGGCAACAGACAUAAUCAGGGUCUCACUCUUCUUGAGAGUGUUGAGUAAAUGCUACACUUUUUGUUAGUGGGCUCUGAUAGUUUCCUGAAACUGAAUAUGAAGUAAGUACUGAAUAUCUGAGCCAAUCAUAUAUGUAAAUAUUGAGGUAACGCUAUCCCUGUAACAGGCCAGGGAGGUCCAUAGGGUUGUGAAAC